GAAAAGUCUUGCAGAACACAUUUUGUAGUAUUUGAACUAUUCUUAAUCUUAGCCUGAUCAAGACAAGAUUGUUAGGAACAUUUUCCACAAUAGGCUGCUGUCGCCUAUCAUGAUCAUUAAUUUCGCACUAGAUAAUAUCUCAAUGUUAUCACUUUAAUGAAAAUUUACAUUUAUUUCCCAUUUUAAGUAGGCUAUUGUUUAGUGUUGAACUUGAGGACUUUCACUUUCAUUAUACCGCGCGGGAAGUGUAGGAAUAUGCUAUAAGCUAUUGGGAAAAUAGUGGGGCUGGUUUGUAAUUUCCUCUCCUUUUGUUAUUCUUUUUAUCAACUGGAAUACACCAGUGAGCAAUAACAAAUGUCACUUGUGCGAAAAUAGAUUAACAAAACCAAAAACUAUACUGGCACCGCAUCAACAAUUUGCAUUCCACGUUCUCUUUUUCAUCAAAGAAGUUUCGACAAUGGCAGCACUUGAGCUCCGAGGGGUUCGUACGAAGUUUGUUGAAAAGGUGUCGAAAGCCGUGAUGGACCAACUGUUGGACUACCUCGAGGAGGAACGGGUGCUGAAUACAGCCGAAGUGGAAGACAUCAAGGAGGAAUACAAGCAGAGGGCGGAAAAGGCUCGCCACAUCAUAGACGCCGUGUUGAGGAAGGGUGAUGCAGCCUGCGACACGUUCCUUGCGAGAUUCCAGAAUAUAGAUGGCACCCUUUACAAUGAGCUUCAACUACACCCCAGGCCUGUUUGAUGCCAUUGAGAGAAACAAUAAACUAGGUAUGAAAUUUAACCUCACAACCAGAUUUAAAUGCAAAUUGUGUGUAGCUCUCCAUCCUAAUUCAGUUUGAGAAAUCCCUCUGUCCUCUGUAGGCCUGUCAAUCUGAAUAGGCCUUGGUUUACAGUCAUGGUGUCAUGAUUGUCUUUCUGUCUUCCUCCCUUGUGGGUGUUGGGUCUGUGUUGGUCUGGCAGAUUCCAUGUGCGGGUUACAACUCGUUUUGUCUUCGAUCAUUUCCACCACCUGUUUUGUGUUACCCCGCUGAUUACCCUGUCUAAUGCCCUUUAUGUGUGCAGGUCCCUGUCAGAUCGGCUCAUGUUGCCCCCCAACCCUAAAACUACCAUAUAUGCUCUUUAAUGUUUAUUGUGUUUUUGAAUCUUGGCCAUCAAUAUUUGUAAAAUGUGAAAUGAUUUGAAUAUUCAUAAAUCAUUCUACAUUCAUAAACAUUUUGAAUAAAGAACACAUUUUAAUGCUGA